UGCCAUCAUACUUUCUCUCUGGAACACCUAAGUGACAUCUCGGGCAAUAUGUCUGAACCUCAAGUGGAUCUCAAGAAACCUGUACCUACGGAUAAACCGAAAGAAGAGGUCAAAGGUCUGACUGAUGAUGCUCUUACAAAAUAUCAAUCAGCCGGUCAUAUACUCGCUGAUGUUUUGAAAAAGUUUGUACCCCAAGUCGAAAUUGGUAAAAAAGUUCUUGAUCUUUGUAUUGAGGGAGAUAAGUUAGUCGCUGAGGCUGUGGCUCCAUUGUGGAAUAAAUCGAAAAAUGGUGUUAAGAUACAGAAGGGUCUCGCAUUUCCCACCACCAUCUCAAUAAACAACAUUGUCGACCAUUUCUCCCCUCUACCUUCUGACCCUGAAGUUAUUCUGCAAGAAAAUGACAUUGUCAAAAUCAUGCUCGGUGUCCAUAUCGAUGGCUAUGCCGUCACUCACGCCGAAACAAUUCACCUCUCAAGCAAGACUGAAGGUCUUUCCGCCGAUGUCAUUCAAGCGGCAUAUGACGGGGCUCAAGCUGCUAUACGAGUACUGAAAGCUGGCGCCAAGAAUUGGGAGGUAACGGAAGUGGUGGAUAAGGUGGCAAAGUCGUAUGGUUGUUCGGCUGUAGAGGGUAUGUUGAGUUGUCAAUUUGAGAAAGAUGUGACGGAUGGGAAGAAAAGAAUUCUGUUGAAUCCAACUCCGGAGUUGAAGAGGGAGCAUGAAACUUGUACCUUUGAAGAAGGAGAGGUUUAUGGAGUGGAUAUAUUGGUGGUAACAGGUUCGGAUGGAAAAGCUAAACCCGACCCAUCGCGAACGUCCAUCUACAAAAGAGGAGACAUCAGCUAUCAACUUAAAAUGAAAACGUCUCGUGCGGUAUUCUCCGAAAUUCAGAAAAAAGCCGGCGCAUUCCCUUUCAAUCUGCGAGCGUUAGAGGAUGAGAAGAGGGCGAGGAUGGGUGUUCACGAGGCAGUGACGCAUGGCCUUCUGAAACCAUACGACAUUGUUCAAACUGCUGUCGGUACCUCCGUCGCUCAAUUCUUCUUCACUCUCGCUUUGUUGCCUGCCGGGCCUCUGUUACUGUCGCCCAAUCCGGUUUGGUACGCCGCCGACAAACUGUCAUCGUCCAAAUCUCUUGAGGAUGAGGAAUUGAAAACAUUGUUGACACAGCCCCUCCGUGCGCCCAAAAAGAAGAAGAACAAGGUUGGGAAUGGGGAGACGAAGGAAGAGACGAAAGCGUGAAUGAAUCAUGAAGAUGAAGAUGAGAUGAGACAAGAGAAGAAAUGAAUGACAACCACACGCAAAGAAUGUACACAGCAUAUGCAUAGUGGUUUGUUACG